UUUCAAAUUGUUGCACACACAUCCUUAUGUUUUUUGGUCAAUUUUUGGUGAAAACUGGUCCUUUUCUUUUUUCAACGUAACGCACUCUGACAUAUUAUGGGUGCUGUUACGGUGGUACUCACAAUACUUUGGGGCAUCCUGAAUGCUGUAUCUCUCCCGAGCCGCGAGGAGGGGCUGGUAAAGAUUGGACCGCAUGAACUGGUGGCCUGCUCGCCUGAUAACUUGAAGCGGGUUCCGUCGCAGCUUUUGCGCACAUCCCCUGGGGAGUUCCGUUUGGAGCAUAGUGACCAAAGCCUGGUCGUCCGCACCUUGGACGUCCCUAGCCUCCUUUUCCCAUCGGGUGAUGAAAUCCAAGAGUUGCUCUCCCUUUUAAAUCUUGACGUUGAGCAGUCGCAUCCUGUUUGGGAAUGGUACCUUAAGAGGGUGGCUGAUAUUGUGAAUGAAGCGAGUGAGGUGGCGGGUGGUGGGGCGUUGUCGCUGAUUGGGCAUUCAGCUAGAGGGUGGCUUACGCGCGUGUAUAUGGAGGAGUUCGGGAAGUCUGAUGUGUCGUUGUUGUUGACUCUUGGAACUCCACAUAUGCCACCUCCUAAGGGUGUUUCCAGGGUUAUUGAUCAGACGAGGGGGCUCUUGUAUUAUGUUGAGGAACAUUGUGCUAAAGCAGUGUACACUUCAGAAUUUAAGUAUGUGUGUGUUGCCAGGAGGUAUAUUCAAGGAGCACCUGCAUUUGGAACCUCUAGUGAUGUAGAGGAGGCCGCCUCUCAAGGAGCUGCUGUCAUUAAUGUGGCUUCUGGUACUGUCAAAUUGCGUGCUCGCUUUGUUGGAAAUGGGUAUAAGCAAGUGUGUGGGCGGGCGAAUGUAUGGGGUGACGGAAUUGUUCCCGAAGUUUCAGCUUAUCUAGAAGGUUCUCUUAAUAUUAGCUUAGAUGGCGUGUAUCACUCUCCUGUAGGUGCAAAUGAUUCAUUAAGACCAUGGUAUGGGUUGCCUAAAGUUCUUAAGAAAUGGAUAAAGCACCUCCUUCAUUAAUUAUUUACGACCUAGGGGUGAUUCAGUUAAGUGGAAAAUAUAUCCAAGGAUUAAAUUGUUUAUUUUAAUCGGAUUAAGAGCAAGCAUUUCAACAUUUAUUCAGGAUCCGAGUGCUCGUUUAUGCACUCCCAAUGAGCCCUGUGGUUUGUGGUUGUAGUCUGUGAAAGGAAUGUUGUAUCAUUUACGAUAACUUAUCCUGUAUUAAAGAAAAAGAAGCAAUUGUAUGCUUUGUUGAUUGUACAUGUUGUAAGAGUAAAGGUAAUUAUUGGAGUAUAAUUAAUGGCUCACAGCAAGUUGUCCUUUUCUUUUUCUUCCUGUUUUGGAUGAUGAAAUUGUUUCCAAAGGGCUUUAAUAAACUAUGGUUGGUUUU